UGCGUGAGCGUGCAAAAGAAGUGAUUUCGAUAGUGCUAUACCGUGUACGAGAUGAUAGUUAUUUACUUUAAAAAAUAUUAAAUAGUCAUUCCGUUCUGAGUGGAUUAAUAAUAUAAAAGAACAAGUCAACAAUAAGCGCGACAGGGUGACGUUUCGCGGUUUUGCUUUCCAGUGUGUGUUUUGUGUGUGUUUGUGCGGUGGUAGCGGAAAUUAAUAUCCCACAGCAAAAAAAAGGUGCAAUAAAUUGCUCAGUUCCGUGGCGUGUAUUACACCGCGCCAACAACAGCAAAACACACAUCCGAAGUGAGUCAUGGGGAAGUUACUGAGCCUGCUGGCACGGGAUGAAUCAACCUGCUGCACGCCGAAAACGUACGACGUGUUUCUAGACUUUGAGAAUGCAGCCCCGACCGACCUGGAACGGGAGGUGUACGAAGAGGUCGACCACGUCCUGCGCCAGUCCGAGAUCGUCCUGGACGAGAUCCAGUGUUAUAAGGGUGCCGGUAAGGAAAUCCGGGAAGCAAUUGCCGAUCCCUCGCCGGAAUGUCAAGAAAAGGCGUGGAACAUUGUGAUACCGCUGGUGGAGAAGCUGAAGCGCUGCUACGAACACUCCCUCGAGCUGGAACGGAUCGUACCGAAGCUGCUGGGACAGCUGGUGGGUGGUCGGCUCAACCCAACACAGCACUUGGAAACCCAGCAAGCACUGGUAAAACAGCUGGCCGAGAUAUUGGAGUUUGUGCUAAAGUUUGACGAGUACAAGAUGAAAACACCGGCAAUCCAGAACGAUUUCAGUUACUAUAGACGCAUCGCCAGCCGGCAGCGGCUAGACCAGACGAACGAGAUGAUCAUCAGUACGGAGCUGGCGAACCGAAUGUCGCUGUUCUACGCACAUGCAACCCCUAUGCUCAAGGUGCUCAGCGAAGCGACCUCUAAGUUCGUGCAGGAUAACUCCGACAACGUUGAUAACACAACCGAAACGCUUGGCACGAUGGCGAAAGUUUGUCUGCGGAUGCUGGAAAAUCCUAAACUAUUGGCACAAAUCGAGCGGGAAGAAACACAUCUUCUGCUGCUGCGAGUAAUGGUCGGACUGGUGAUACUGUACGAUCACGUCCAUCCGGUUGGUGCGUUCGCACGUGGCGCUCACGUAGACGUUAAGGGUUGCGUGCGGUUGCUACAGGCACAACCGGCCGUUAAGGCGGAACCCUUGCUGAAUGCGCUCCGCUACACAACGAAACACCUGAACGAGGACAACACGCCGAAAAACAUUCGAAAUCUGCUCGCUGCCUAAAGCGGGAUGUCCCUUUGGCAGAUACCAACCACCACCACAACCACAUCCCAUAGCACGUACUAUUGCUAAAUCGCUACUAUUAUCUACGGAUCUACGUUUAACCAUUUAGCGAAGAACGGUUAGGAAACGUGUAUCACAGGCAGGCUCGUGAACAGAACAGAAACGUUAGACAAACGUGCAAGUGCUUUUGUUGUUGUGCGGGGAUGAGAAAAUGGCUUCUAUUUUGCCAAUUCGGCGUUGUCGUGGGUACACAGUCGAAUUACAAAUAAUUUACCACUAUAUUACACAUAAAUAUACACUUUUUUCAUGACGGCACAGGCUAUCAGGUCAGAAAUGACUUUAUACAAAAACUUCAAAUGCACACGCCUAGAACAAUCUACUUAUAGUUUCACGUAUUGUUCCUCUUCUCCAAUCUCCAAACUAUUGGAAUUCCAACUCUUCUUGAAACAAAAGCUUAAUUUUACUUUCUACUUUAGCAUUGUUUUUUUUUCUUUAUUUUACAUAUGUAUUAAAAGCUGUUUUUGUGCUUAUUGAUUCUGUUUGUUGACGUCUUUAGAUUUGUUUUAGUUUUGAUUCACUGCAUUGUAGCUUAAGAACAACAACAAAAAACAUUAGCUUAUUCCAUACGUUAUCACUGUUCUACGCAAAGGAGAACUCGCGGAAGUAGGAGUUGAAGAAUAUUAGAUAUGGUUUUGUUUUGCAGUCUCUCUGUUUGCCUUUUAUCUCUAUUGCCUCAACAGUACGUAAAGCUGGAGGCCAGAGGGUAACGAAGGAAGGGCGUGCAGAAAGUGAAACAAAGAUUUUCUUUUUAGUAAUUUAAAACACGAACAAACGUAUAAAAAUAUCUAUCAGCUAGGCAUUUAAGUAUAUAUCUUGGAUAAAGCAAUUAAAGAAAUCAGAACCCAUUUAAUAGCGACGCACCUUUAUAAAUUGUAUAUGUAUGAUAAAUGGCAGAGCGUUUGCAGAAUGGUGUGUUUGUGGAAGGUAGAAACGGAUAGCAGAAUGUGGGUGAAGAUAGCAACAAAUAAAUAAAUAUGUAACGUGUGAUAAGAAAACAAAACGGAAGUGAGAAACCAGCUAGUUCCGGCGAGGCGCCAACCGCUGCUUCGUACCUAGUGCCGAACAGUUCUGCGCUGAAGGCUAGCUAGACACUGCAACCUAGCGAGCGAGUGGAUUCUAGGACAUUUAUUUAGUGCACGCGCAUGAAUGAAAUAUGUGUGGGACACGCUGACGAGCUGAUUUAGGUUCGAUAAUUGACAAACGACUACUACUACCAACCGAUAACACAAACACUUUGUUUUACACCGCAUGAUUUAGUGCACCGAACAAAAUUUGUUAGCACAAAAUGUAUUCUACAACGUUGAUUGGUUAAAACACAAGAGCAUCACGUUGUAUGGUAAGGAUAUAUAGACGCGUAAUUUCAACCAAAUAUGGUCUGAUUUUUAAAACCAAAAACAAAAACAAACAUGCGCGGUAUUAAUCUUCGUUCCGUUCCCUUCACGGGACUUGAGGUAACGCCGGAAUCGAACGCGCAAUGUGUUGUGUUAAGCAUUAGUUAAAGUCUAAAACUAAAUUAGUAUCAAACUCGGUUACACAUCGUUUAUAAAGUAGUAUACUUCCCCCCGACAAGUUCAGCGAAGGAACUUUGCAUCCGGAAAGGGAAUUGUGGCGAUCAUCGAACGCGCCAACAGCUUUAACACUAAUUCCUCCCGUUAACAUCGCUUACAACAAAAUGGGUUCCUCUCCUGUAUUAUCAUGUUACUGGAUUUACAACGGGGUUAUGUUUUACAUCCACACAAACGGAAUACGAAAAGUAUCAAAACGAUUACUACUCUACACUGCUGCUACCACGGAUUCAGAUGUGUUCUACUAUUUUACAAACGGCAUUGAGAAAAAAAACAUACCGUUUUAACAAGACACCUAAGGAAAUCGAAAUUAUUGCAACACAGAAAACGUUAUAGAAAACGUUGUUACCGUAAACUUUGAAAAUUUAGCAUAAGAAAGGAUGGAAAAAUGAAAAAAAAAAAUCACACACAAGUAACAAGAUGUAAACAGAUAAUGGGAGAUAGUAAAAAAGCACAAAUCGUAUGCGCAAAUCGUAAAAGAAACCGUUAACGGAACAAACUCUAGCGACAAACGAAACUACUUAUGCGUUAACAUAACGUGUUUUCAUUAGUUUUUCACGAUUUCAUUUGUAGCUAAUAUUUUUGUUUAUUCUAGCAUUGUUUGUACAAGCGACUCGAAAGUCGCGUUUUGUCCAUUGUUAAUCGAUCAGAAAAAAGUACUAAAUUUAGCAAAAUUUGAAUCAACCCGGUAGCUGAUUCGAACCAAAAUUAUAACUUAGCUUUUACUAAAUGAGAACAAUUGAGCUCUUGAGUGUGUAUGGUGUUGCCAACAGUUAUAAUUUGUAACAGAUCGGCUGGAUGAAGACGCAAGCGGAGGACCCCGAGUACAACCAGAUUGGUAAUUUCUCAUGAAAAGAUAGUUAAAUCGGGUGCAAUAUAAAGCAUGUUGACGUCCCUGA